AUGAGUCUUCACGCGCAAGGACCCGAGCUCCUCCAGCAACGCAAGGAGGGCCCUCUCGGCCAUACGCGCUUCCACAAGCUGGAGUUCCCAUCCUUUGAUGGCACCAGUGACCCACUGCCUUUCCUCAAUCGCUGCGAGCACUACUUCCGUGGCCAGCGAACGCUCGAGGAGGAACAAGUCUGGCUAGCUGCUCUCCAUCUCCAAGGCUCGGCGCAGCAGUGGUACAUGCGUCUGGAGCGAGAAGAAGGCGUCCCCUCAUGGCGCCGAUUCUCAACCCUCCUGGACAUGCGCUUUGGACCUCCCAUCAGAUCCAAUCCACUCGGCGAGUUUGCAGCAUGUCGACACUCAGGAUCAGUGGCGGACUACCAGGAAUGGUUCCUGGCGCUUCUCACCCGCGCCGGACCCCUGUUGGAAUCACAGCAAGUUCAACUCUUCAUCGCCGGCCUAGGCGAGCCUCUCAGCAUUGAUGUUCAACUCCAAGGGCCAAAUUCUCUGGAAGUCGCCAUGAGCCUGGCCCGUGCCUGCCCAGAGCGCCGCGACGCCAGCACCACUGGCCCUGCCCGCCGCUUCGACAGUGCCGGCACUGUCACUGUCGCCGGCCGCACCGUGCGCCGCCUCUCGCCGGCCGAACUUGAGGAACGCCGCCGCAACGGCCAAUGCUUCAAUUGCGACGAGAAGUACGUCUGCGGCCACAAUCGUGUGUGCGCCCGCCUCUUCGUCAUGGAGGUGGAGAGCAGGGACGACGACGACGGCCUGGAGGAGACAGACGUUGAAAAGUCGCUGCAGAUCUCUCUGCUCGCCAUCGCCGGCGUCCGCACCCGCGACACCAUGCAACUGAACAUCCAGCUGGGACGCAUCACGGUGAUAGCACUUCUCGACUCGGGGUCUACCCACAACUUCGUGUCGCAGGCGGCCGCGCGUCACACCGGCCUGUGCUUCAUCCCCCGCACCGACUUGGCUGUUACAGUCACCAAUGGUGACCGCGUCCGCUGCCCAGGAGUCUUCCGCGACGCCACGUUCGCCAUCGACAAUGAGCCCUUCCGCGCCGACGUCUACGUCCUACCUCUGGGUGGCUACGACAUGGUCCUCGGGACGGACUGGCUAGCGACCCUGGGCCCAAUCCUAAGUGACUUCGGCCGUCACACCAUGUCGCUAUGGCGCUCCAACAGACGUGUCCGGUGGCGCAGCGUUCUUGGACCCCCCGGCGCGCGUCUACAGUCAUUGCAAGGCCGUGAGCUUUUGGACCUCCUCCUGGAUGAAUUCACGAAUGUCGCCACUCCGGUCGGCCUGCCGCCCAAGCGCGCUCGUGAUCACUCUAUCCAUCUCAUGCCGGGGACUCCCCCAGUGGCCGUCAGACCCUACCGAUACCAGCAGUUGCAGAAAGAUGAACUGGAACGGCAGUGUCGCGCCAUGGAAAAACAAGGGUUGAUCAGGCGCAGCUCCUCACCGUUCUCAGCUCCAGUACUCCUGGUCAGGAAGGCUGAUGGCACUUGGCGCCUAUGCGUCAAUUACAGAGCACUGAAUGAACGCAUGGUCAAAGGAUAA